GGGAGUGUGGGGUGUACCACUUGUCCCAGCUUGGUCUGUGGAACACCUUUGUGGUCUACCCAGACAGAGUGUAUUGCUGGUGGUUGAUUGCAGCAUGGACUCGCGGCUGGUGAUCAAGUCGGGAUGGCUGGCCAAGACAGGCGGCUCGUCGACCAAGUUUCAGAAGCGAUUCUUUCAGCUCACGCGCGAUGCGCUGUACUACUUUAAGACGGAGAAUGCCACCAAGCAGGCCGGGCAUAUUCUGAUCAAUGACAUCAAGAACAUUUUGACCGACAAGGACCAUGACGGCGAUGACUCGUAUGUGUUCAAGAUCAGGACGCCUGAGCGCAUCUUUACCAUCCAGGCCGAGCGGGAGUUGCAACGGGCCUCGUGGGUGGCCGCCCUGCUCAAGCUCAUGCCCGAGGGCACGCAGGAAAAGUGGGCACAGCAGUUCCAGAUUGUGCAAUCUGGAUGGCUGGAGAAGGAGGGGGGAUCGAACAAGUCGCUCAAGCGGCGGUGGUGCACGCUCUCGGCCGAUGCGCUGUCGUACUACAAGGCGCAGGAUGACGAGGAGCCUGCGGGCGAGGUGCUUAUCGACGACGUGCAAGCUGUGUGCAUCACCGACCGGCCGAGCGCGCCGAUUGGCGCGUUUGAGGUGCGGGCGACGGGGCGGGUGUACUUUUUCGUGGCGGAGAACAUGCGGCUCCGCGACGCGUGGCUGGAGCAGCUCUCGAGCUUGCUGCCUGCGGCGAGGGAGAAGAUCUUUGGGGUGGCGCUGGAGGAUGCGGUGGCGCGGAGGCCGUCAUCGGAUGGCUCGCUGCCUGCCGUGGUCGAAGACUGCCUCAAGACCUUUACCGAUGCGCAGAUUGCCACCGAGGGCUUCCUGCGACUCUCGGGCUCGGCGGUGGACAUCAAGCGGUUCAAGCAGGGAUAUGACACCGGCGAGGCCGUUGUCCUUCCAGUCAACGACGCCGACACGGUGGCCGGCCUGCUCAAACUUUACGUGCGCGAGCUCCCGGAACCGCCGGUCCCGUACGAGCUGUAUCCGUUCUACCGGUCACUGGCCGAUGCGUACGACACCAAGUUUAUUGUCGAGUUUGCGCGGGCGCUCAUCCGCGACGUGCCGGCGUACUCGCAAUGCCUUCUGCGGGCGCUCUUCCCCUUUAUGAAGCGGGUGACCUCGUUUGAGAGCCAGUCCAAGAUGUCUGCGUCCAACGUGGCCAUUGUCUUUGCGCCGAACCUGGUCCGCGGGGAAGAUGAGUCGCCGAUGGAGGCGCUUGCGCACUCGCAGGCGGUGACCGAGGCGACGGCGGCACUCAUUCCGCUCGCCGACCGCAUUUUCAAGCGCUCCAAGCGCCCGGCGCUCGCCAUCGGCAAGGCCAUCUAUGACUUUGAGGCGAGGUCCGAGACCGAGGUCUCGGUCUCGGCCAGCUCCGGCCGUUACUUUCUGGUCACAAAGUACGACUGUGGCGCUCCGGGAUGGCGCGAGGUCAUGUUCGAGUCCAAGACUGGCUUUGUGCCCGAGACCCACAUCGAAAUCGUCCACGAGUUUGACUACGCCUCGGAAGUACUCGCCAAGCAGAGCAAGUCGAGUGGCGACAGCGGGAGCGACGCCGAUUCCGCGCCCAAGACCGAGGAGCCUGCUGAGGAGGUGGCGGCUGUUUCAGCGGCCGCAGCCAGCAACGCAGCUGCUGUCGGCGUGGCUGCUGCAGCAGCUGCAGCAGCAGCAGCCGUCGCCGCGCCUAGCUCGGGCUCGAGUUCGGACAAGUCUGCGCCCAACUCGCGGGCGACGUCGCCAGAGCCGAGCGGGGGCCCGCGCCCGAGCCCGCGCCCGCGCCCGCGCCCGCCGCCGCGCCCGGCAUCACCAGGCAUUGUAGCCAAGCCGCCGCCGCCCAAGCCCGAACCCCAGGCUGGCACGGCGAUGCCGCCCAAGCCGAUGGCACCGCGGCCAGCGCCGGCGGCCAAGCCCAAGCCUUCAGCCAAGCCCAAGCCGGCAACCAAGCCGCGGCCAGGCGGUGGCGCGCCGCGUCCGGGCGGGCGUCCGCCCAAGCCACGAGCAGUGUCUGCAUCAAGGGCGGCUGGGGCCGAGCGCGAACUGCCAGCGUCGCAAGCUGAAGUCGCGGCGCUCAAGUCGCAGGUAGCGUCGCUCGAGGCGACGGUGGCGGCGCUGCUGCGGCGGGUGGCUGCACUCGAGGCCGAUGCGUGAGCUGAGUGCAGAUCAGGCGUGCCAGAUAAAACCAUUCGAAGCAAA